AUGAGUGAGGUGUGGGAGCACACAGAUAGUUCGUUUCGUAGUCCUGAUGCAAACGCACCGCCCCAGCAAGCGCGCCGCACGUCCAUUUCCAACAGUAGUGACAAAGAUAUGGAGGUCGGCUCCGUCGCCGUGAGUGUGUCGAUUGCCGGUUCUGCCUCGGUGAAGCGAAAUGCGGCGAUGAUCCCGUUUUCUAUGGUGCCCGAUGAUGACGAUGAUACGGAGAGUGAAAGCACGAGUAGUUUUGAAGGCAGCGAAGACGAUGAUGGAGAUGCGGGCGCAUCCCACAGUAUUAGAAGUAGUGGUGGUGGUGGUGGCAAUGGUUUGCCACAUAAGCGUGGAGGCGCAGACUCCACAGCGUUGUGCCUGAAAGACACCGACUCAUGGAGGUCCGAUUCCAGAGCGAGCGAUGAGGAGGGAGUGGAAUACCGCACGGGGGCCAAAGAAGCUUGUGGCAAUACCACAGAGAAGAAAGAAGGCGUGUACUUCCAGCAGUGCAGCCCGUUGGUGGAUACAGCAAACGCGUUUCUACCACUUCAAGGCAGGUUCCGAUUGUGGGAUUUUCCCCGUUUAUUUUUUCGUAUUUUAUUCUUUUGCGAUUGCUACACGGUUUGCAGCGCGAUGUUGGUGUGCAGGCGAUUCCAUCAAAUUGCCACGCACGAUACGGUCUGGAGGAAUAUUCUUAACAGCAUGAAUCUACAGCCGCUUCUUGAAUUGCCCAAGACACCAACGCAGGAUUACUACCAAUACUUCCUGGAAGAAGUCAUCACUACAAGGGCCCUUCAUGGCCAGUACUUAUUUAGGGCAGUAUCUCCAGAAGAAACGUGGUAUGGUAUUGAAGGGACCGGAGGCAAGGGCAGCGCGAAGAAAAAUGCGCCGCAGCAUUCUCCGAUUUUUGACGAUUCCCACUAUCCCAUCAAUAUGGCGAUGCUGCUCAUUUCUCCUGCCUCGCUCGGUCAAAUGAACCACCCGAUUGGUCGAAUGCAGCUGCUCAUAGAGUACAAGGACAAGAGAAAAGAGAAUAUUGAGGGCAUAGCCCGUUUUUCGUGGCACCGUAGAUGUUUUGUUUUUUGUUGCAGUUCAAAUGUCCCAGGGGUACGUGGCCAAGUUUUUACAGUGGCCAUCAGCACCGCACGGAAGCCGUGGUACAACCAGUCGAUGGAGCAGUUUGAGGCGCACAAGGGCGGCCUUCGCUUCAUUAUGACACCUGUGCUCUUGGAGGGUGCUAUCCCGGGAUCGAGAAUCACGGAGAUGGACGUUGUUAGCGUUAGUUGCCCACGGACGUAG